AUGGCUGCCAGAACCGAGCUGGCGAUUGCGGCAGCUGCUGAUGCCGUGCCGGAAGAGCUCAGCGAGGAUGCCGUCGUCUUGAUUCAGAGGGUCUGUCAAAAGACACCGCCUCAUUGCUUGCAAAAUGCGGCCAAGGAGUGCUUUGACAGUGAUUUUGAAGACAACAAGGUCGACAAUUUCUUGAAGGAGGUGCGGUCUUUCUUGGAGACGACGACAUUCGACGUCCACUUCCACGCGCGCCCCAAGGACUCGGGUGACUGGAAGGCGUUGUGCGAUGCCCUGGGCCCGUGCCUGCGUGUGCGCUCCUUUGGCGAGCUGGUGCGAGAUACGUCAGACUGGCGCCUCCGAAAUCAGAACCUCUCGCUCAGUGUGCGCAACGGCCAGGAACGUCUCCGAGUUUGCUAUGACUUGCUGCCGGGCCAGGACCAGUGCGCAGUGUCCGUGGCCUCUGUGGCCAAGGAGUAUACCGCACACAGCUUGCACGAUCUCAACCUGCAAACGCAUGCCGCUAUGUUUGCACAGCGCUUCUACUUUGCCCACGACCACGUUAUCGAUGUCGUGCGUCUGAGAGCGCAGAAGUACUACAUUGUAGCACGGCUCAAGGCCGCCCACCUCACGAAGCUAGCUACCCAUGUGCAGCCUGCUGCGUCUCGCUUGUCCAAGACGCUCGCAUUUGCCAGCGGAGCGCCUAAGGCUGACGACGAGUUGGACACCACCCUGCCCGCGGCGCUCAAGGCCAUCCUCGAAGAACAAGAGGCACGGCAUGCUGCCCGGCAGUUGAAGCACCAGACGUCUGGAAGUACACGUGUCGUCGACAAGACACCUGUCUCAGAACGGCUUGAGCGCCUGCAGACGCACCUGGUGCCCAUGCUCGACAAGAUCCGCAAGGCCGUGCCCAAUCAAUGGAUCGUCUACACGGGAAACGAGACCGUGGACUCUCUGAUUGACCAGGCAGUUUCAACGGAAAGACAAGCACAACAGCGCGCCUGUGACUCUGGCCAAGAUGCAUUGAUCGUCUCCACGGCAUCCCAACUGCCCAGCGGUGGCGACAUUGCGCUCGUUGAGUGCCAAGAUGACACUACAUAUGGCAACAAGCGUGACUUUAUCAGAGCCAAGCGUGAGCUGCGGGCCAGGUCUUCCGCAGCUUUUGAGCCAUGGUUGACAUGGGGUGCACGCCACCGAUGCUCCUAA